AAAUCAGCCCCAAAAAUUACCCGGAAGAAAAAGAAAAAAAAGAAAAGAAAAAGAACUCCUGAUUCGACCAAUUGUCCUCUAAUUUCUCUCUCUUGCAAAUCAUGGAAACCUCCAGCACCUCCUUCUUCGUUCUGGAAAAUUUUCAUGGCAUGCAAUGUCUUUGUCUGCGUGUUUUAUGUUAAUCUAUCUGCAAACGUAACUGUCAUUUUUAAUUUUGAAAAUUUCCAAUUUUCAAAUGGUUUCGUGAGGGAGUGGGGUCGCUUAUUGGGGUCUUGAUAUAUAUAAUUGUGUAUACUAAAUUCGAAUAAUCUACAAAGGAAUAUGCUUUGGACGCCAACUGUUGUUCAACGCCCACUCUUUGGCGGUUUAUUGUUCGUAUUGAGUGUUCUUCGCAUGUGGGUAUGUCCUUCUAUUUCCGUUUCAUAAAUUGCCAACUCUCUUGAGCUGGAUUCCUUUUGAUCGCUCUCAAAAUCGGCUGUCGAUUGUGAGUGGUAUAUUCAAUUAGAUGAUUUGAUUCCUCUUCCUUCCCUUUUUUGUGUGGGGAAGCAGUUAUAUUCUACAGAUCAUCAUAGUGGUUUGUCAAAGAUUUGAUCUUUAUUCAAUUUCUUGAUCUGGGGUAACUGUUGGGAUUUGAAAAUUGCUCGGUUAAAAGAGGUGGGAAUUUUUUGGGGAGCAUUUGGAUUGUUUGAUGGAUCAGUGUAGGUAGCUUUGAGGUUUUUGGAAUAUUGAAUUUGUUAUUUUGAUGUGAUUUGGAGAUUCUGUUAGUUGAGGGUGUUAUGUUAGUUUGUGUUUGAUUAUCUCAAAAUUCAGUUUCUUGGUCUGGGGUAGUUGUUGGAAUUUUGAAUAUUUUUUGGAGCAUUUGGAUUGUUUGAUGGAUCAGUCUAGUUAGAGCUUCGAGGUUUUUGGAGUAUUGAAUUUGUAAAUUUGAUUUGUGUUGGAAGAUUGUAUUAGUUAGGGGUGUUUGUUAGUUUAGUGUUUGAUUUCCUAUCAAGAUGCAAGCUGUGGGGAAGAUAGGUAGCUACAUUAGUAAGAGUGUGUACACGGUUUCCGGGACUUUCCAUCCGUUUGGUGGCGCUGUAGACAUAAUCGUGGUGGAGCAACCGGAUGGGAGCUACAAGUCUUCGCCAUGGUAUGUUCGAUUUGGGAAGUUUCAGGGGGUGUUGAAGUCGAAAGAGAAGGUGGUUGGCAUUAGUGUGAAUGAUGUUGAGGCGGAUUUUCAUAUGCACUUGGAUAGUAAAGGAGAGGCAUUCUUUAUGCAGGAGGUUGAUGUAGAGGAAGGUGAGUCUGCAGCCUCGCCUCCAUACUCAUCCGGUGAGGAUACAGAAGGGCAACCUAGGUGGCCACUGAAAUCAAAAAGUUGCAACUAUGAUUCUAGUGUUUAUGAACCUAUUGUUAGUGAAAGGAAGUCUUUGACUAGGGCAAACACUCGCCAGUCUCAAUUUUUUGGCUUUUUUGGAAGGAGAUCUCCGACAGAGGAGGCCGAUCAAGGGAAAGAAAAUGCACCUGAUGUUAACAUAGAAGGAUCGUUGGAGGUUGCUGAGAUGGCGGCUGAUCUCUUGGACUUGAGGUGGUCUACCAAUCUUGCUUCCCCCAAAUGCAAGAGAGACAAUUCUGCACCAUUACCCGAUGCAGAUGCAUUGAUCAAAGUAAUCAAGAAAAGUUCUCUGGCUGAUGGUUCUAGUCAUGAUGAAAUACGUCUUAUUUCUCAAACAAGCUACCGGGAACUGAAGAGCAAUGCUGAGGCAAAUGGUGUUAAAAUGGAAUGUGUUACCUCAGAGUAUAUUGUUUCCACUUCUGUCGACAGCCUUAGAGAACAUACUACUUUAUCAAAUUUAGAACCAGUGAUAGCAGCAUUAGGCUUAAAUAAAUCAGAUUUGCAGCUGAGUUCUGUCAGCGUCGUUUCUGAGGCUACAAAAUCUGAUUCGGAUAUUGAUGAUUCUAUUGCGAGGCUUAAUAGUUUGUCCGAUGCUAAUUUGUCUACGGAGGAGAAUGAAAGAGAUAAUACCCACUCUUUCUACUCUUCCGAGAUUUCAGGGAGCUCAGAGGUUGAAUUGGAGGGACCAUCUGAAGAGAAAAGCCGGCCGUUUUGUCAUGGAGAAUGCAGAGAAGUAUGUAUUCGUUCCGAUGAUCAGUGCACCGUCGUCCAUGAAGAAAAGAUUUCAGUGAGUGAAGGAACUAGUUAUAGUGCUUCAGAAAGCACUUUGACUGAAUGCUAUUCACAUUUAGCGAGUCGUCACCAAUCUAAUGAUUCUCUUAAGGACACUGACUUACAGAGUCUUGCAGCUGCUUCUAAACCGAGCUAUUCCACUUGUGUAGCCAUGGAUGAACAUGCUCUUUUGGGGGAUAAAGACAAGCUUGGUUCCUCUGAAGGGCCUCUCUAUGAUCUCCAUAUAGAAAGGUGUACUGUUCCACCUUCGAUUGGAGCAUCAAGGAUUUCAGAAGAAGAGCUACUCCUCUUCGGUGACCUGGAUGGUCUUCGUCCGGCUGCCAAACAGUUGGAACUCAGAGAAUCUGAUCACGAGGGCAAAGAAGCUAAUUCGUUAGUUAUGAUAAGAGUUUCUGGUCAAGGCAUUGAGCCUUGUGAUGCAAAAUGUUGCUCCAUUUCUUCGUUAGACCAAUCUGAAAUAAAUGACGGUACAAAUGAUGUGUGCUUGGACAGUAGAAGGUUGAGUUCUCUGUCUAGUGAUGUCCGCAUUGCCGAGAUUGGGAAUGUUCAGUCGGAGGGAACCAUUAGAACGGUGAGAUCUUUGCCCAGUAUGGUUUCCCUCAGCAAUAAUCUUGAAGCAACUGAUCCCAGCGACUUUUCGAAUGCUUCACUAGAUGUGAAUUUAUGGACAGAAAAGGACAAUCAAUUGCCUGGUGCUCAAAGAACAGCUGGGGAGCCUCCUAAGCCGGGGUACCCUCCGAGGUCCGUGGAUACUUUAGGAGGAUGUGGUAGAAAUGGACACUUCAGAAGAUCAACUGCCACUAAAAUUCCUGAUGUGACGAUUGCAAGUGAAACCACGAAUGGCUUAGACAUUUCAAAUGAACCUAGUGAUGUGGAGAGUGGGAUGGGUGUGACCAAAGUGAAGGUAAACAAGAAGAAAGUAAGGACACUUACUCCAACAUCUAAACAGUUGGCAUCCUUACAAUUAAAAGAGGGGAAGAAUGUUGUGAUAUUCACCUUCUCAACUGCCAUGCUGGGCAAGCAACAGGUUGAUGCCCGGAUUUUUCUAUGGAGAUGGGACACUAAAAUUGUGAUAUCUGAUGUUGAUGGGACGAUUACAAGGUCUGAUCUUCUAGGUCAGGUCAUGCCCUUGGUUGGCAUGGAUUGGUCGCAGACAGGUGUUGCACAUCUCUUCUCAGCAAUAAAGGAGAAUGGAUAUCAAUUACUUUUCCUGAGUGCACGUUCAAUAUCUCAGUCUUACAUCACUCGACAAUUCCUGCUUAAUAUCAAACAGGAUGGAAAAGCCUUACCUGAUGGACCUGUCGUCAUCUCCCCUGAUGGACUCUUUCCUUCUCUAUUUCGAGAAGUUGUUAGAAGAGCUCCUCACGAAUUCAAAAUUGCAUGUUUGGAGGACAUCAGGGCGUUAUUUCCUCCUGAUAGAAAUCCAUGUCCAUUUUAUGCUGGAUUUGGGAACAGAGACACCGACGAGGUUAGCUAUCUAAAGGUUGGAAUUCCGUUGGGGAAAAUAUUUAUCAUAAACCCAAAGGGAGAGAUUGCUGUAAACCGUCAUAUUGACACCAAAUCUUACGUGACUCUUCAUUCGCUUGUCAACCGAAUGUUUCCCAACAUGUUUACCAGUGAGCAGGAAGAUUUUAAUUCAUGGAAUUUCUGGAAACUUCCACCACCUUCUAUCGACAUUUAAAGGUUGAGUAGUUUGAGGUGGACGCAGGCAGGGAGGCAGCGUAUACAAAGACUGGAGUAUUGAGGGCGUGGUAUGGGUGACUUCUUCGUGAAACACAAUUUGUUUCCAACUCCAGCAAUGGUUGAAUUUCCUCUACCAUACAAAGCUUACCACGGAAGGAGAUAUUGUGUUAGUCUCUCGCUGACUAUUUCCUUGGUUAAAUGCUGGAGUUGCUGGUAUAUUGCUCGAGAAAGUAGAAUAUGGAUUGAUAUUGUUAGGCUAGCUGAAUAUGCCGUUCAACAUAUUCUUUCAAUUGUAUACCAUGCAAUGUUGUUACUAGGAGAUGAAAGGACGUCUUCCACAUUUCCUUCAUCAAAAGUCUGUAAAUCGUGAAAUUUAGAGCAUGUUGCUUAUCGAUAUAGAAGUUUCACAGUAUCAUGUAAAUGUCGAGAAACAGAUGUACUAGAUUGAAUCAUUAGUUUUUUUAGGUGCAGGUCAGUUUCUUCCUAUUUAUUUCAUUCAUUCAUUUCGUUGACAA